AGAAAUUUCGACAUGUACGUAAACUUUUGUACAAGAAGCCGUAGCAUAUGCUUAGUUAUUUCUGCGUGGUGAAACCCAACUCAGUCAGCGGCGGUCUGAGGUGAGGUCCAACAGAUGCCCCCUACUACCCUCCCGCAACCGCCCACCGCCGCCGCGGCCCUCGUCCGCCACUACAUCGGCCUCCUCUCAGCCGCCGGCGUCUCCUCCCUCCGCACCCUCCUCCCUAUCCACGCCCGCGCCGUCCUCCACGGCGUCGCCGCCAACCCAGCCUUCGCCACCAGGCUCCUCGCCGCGGCCGCCCCGCGCUCCCUCGCGUACGCCCGCAGGGUGUUCGACGCCGCGCCGCACCGCGAUGCCUACAUGUGGAACACCCUCCUCCGCGCCCACGCCCACUCCCACUCCUCCGUCCCGGCCAACUCCCCCGCUGCGGACGCGCUCCAGCUCUACAAGCGGAUGCGCGCCGCGGGCGUCGCACCGGACUGCUACACAUACCCGAUCGUGCUCCCGGCGUGCGCGGCGGCGCGCGCCCCGCGGCUCGGGCGGGCCGCGCACAGGGACGCGGUGAGGUUCGCGCUCGCCGGCGACGGCUUCGUGCACAGCGCGCUCAUCGCCAUGUACUGCCAGGAGGGGGAGGUGGCGGACGCGGAGCAGGUGUUCUUGGCAGCCGCCGCCGGUGCCCGCACGGUCGUCUCGUGGACGGCCAUGGUCGCGGGCUACGCGCAGAACUGCUUGUUCGGUCAGGCGGCUGCGGUGUUCGGCUCGAUGGUUGACCAGGGCGUGCUCCCAAAUGAGAUCACUCUGAUCAGUUUCCUGCCGUGUCUGCAGGGACAGGAAUGUCUCGCUGCCGGGGAGAUGGUUCAUGGGUUCGUGAUCAAGCUGGGGUUCGAUGCGAAUCUGCCGCUGGUGAACGCGCUCAUCGCCAUGUAUGGCAAGUGCGGGAGCAUCGCGUCGGCAAAAGAGUUGUUUGAUGGAAUGGCUGCGCGAACCGUGGUGUCCUGGAACACGAUGGUUGCCAUGUAUGAGCAGAAUGGCGAUGGGGUUCGGGCGAUCAAGUUCUUCCACAGGAUGCUUAGUGAGAAGGUGGGGUUUGACGCUGUCACUCUGGUCAGUGUGCUUUCAGCUUGCACACGCCAGGGAGCCCUUGAGACAGGGAAGUGGGUGCACGAGCUCGCUAGGAGUCAUGGGCUCGAGACUGAUGCGAGGAUCGGCAAUGUUCUUGUGGAUAUGUACGCAAAAUGUGGCGAGAUUGUUUACGCAAGACAGGCUUUUGAAGGUUUGCGCGAGCCUGGUGUUGUGUCAUGGAGCGCCAUGAUCAGUGCAUAUGCCAACCAUGUGGGAUGAGUCCAGAGGAGAGGAGGGAGGAUAAAGAAGUUGCAAACUGGAAAUGAUGGCGUUUAUGUAAUUUAAGCACUUCACAUAUGUCCCACCCACCAUCCUCUAUACUGGACGCGAAAGAAUAUGAAGAACGAGAAAGUUUCAAAUCGCUUCCUGCAUUUUUUGAAUUUUCUACUAAGAAAGAUUCAUGUCUUCUAGCAUAUUUUGUAUUGCUCUCCACGGAAGUUUGCAUUCUGAAUUUUUUUAACGAUUCAUAAUCUAGCAUUUUGCAUUGCUCCCAGGAUAGUGUUUGUGAGCAACAGCACAGUAUAUAAAGUUCGGUAGUGUGCAUUCGUUUUUCUCUAAAAAUAAAUAAAUUCCGGGAACUCAGUGCACACCUUAAAAUGUGAGUCGAUGCAGCAGGCCAUGUUACAUUUUUUUGGCACCCAAAGUAUCUCUAUUC